AGACCCAGUGGGUAUUAGAAGAGGGUUUCCUCUGGGAACAGAACAAAAGGCGCACACAACACAAUCUCAAUCGUCACAAAGUCUCAACCCAACCCAACCCAAAAGAAAAAUACAAAGAAGCCCUAGAAAUGUUUUAGAAGCAGUUUCUCACUCCCCCAAAUCCCAACCUCUUUUCUUUAUGAUUGUUUUGGAUAAUACUUUUGCUCAUACUCGAUUUUAAUUUCGCUUAUUUGUUUUUUUCUCUUUUGGAUAUUUUUUUCUGCUUCGGUGUUUUCAGGAAAUAAGGGAUAGGAGUAAUAAAAGAGAGUGCAUUGGUUUUCGUCGUUCGGUUCGCGCGACUCUAAUAUUCGAUGCCUCUUUGUUUCUUUUCCUCUCGCGCUCGCCUUUCUCUUCUCAAAUUAGGGUUUCCGUAAGCCAACGUCGUUCUCGAUUCUUCACAAACUAUCAUCAUUGUUCACUUCCCUUUCGUGACGGAAAUCUCUCGUCGAGGUUGUGGUUUUGACAGAAUUUGUGUGCGUUAGCUUUCUUUUCACGUGGAGUUAGGUUUACUGUGAUUUUAGGGGAAACCGUGUUGUUGCUUGAAUUGAUGGGUUGUUUGGUUCUCUGUUGGGCGAAUUGAAUUGCUGACUCCAGGUUUGGGAAGGUGAUUUGUGUUUGGACAUAAUGUCGUCGAAAUAUCAGAUUCUUGACAACCGGCCCAUUCAUCAGUGGAAGGUUACGGAGCUGAAAGAGGAGCUAAAGAGAAGGAAGCUAAGUAUUAAAGGUUUGAAGGAUGAUUUGGUCAAGCGAUUGGACGAAGCUGUUCGUCUUGAAAGGGAGGCUGCUGAGGCUUCCGAGAAGGAUGAGGCCAAUGGGUUUGAAGGUCAUGUAGAUGAUGGGGCAAAAGAUUCAGAGAAAGUUACUGUGAAUGCUGAAGUGGUUGGUACAAUUGAUGGGCAAGGUGUGAAAUCUUUUGAAACUGCUGGAAAGGGGAAUAGUGGUGUAGCUGAACCAAUUGAAACAGAAAACACAGGAAAGACUUCGGAUGUUGUGGAUAAUGACGGCAGUAAGAUUGACAAGCAGGAUGGUGCUGCCGUCCAAGUUGACAUUAAUAAUAGUUUGUCUGCUGUGGAUCAAGAAGUUGAACAUACGGGCUUGCCAGCCAGUGUUGAUUCUACAAAUGUGGGAGAGGAGGCAAUUGCUCAUGCUUCUACCAUGGAGACCACCAUUACAGUCACUGAGAAGGUACUAACAGAAGUAGUAGUCAGUGGUCAGGAUUCUUCUAGUGCAGAAAAGAAUAAUGAGGAUUCAGCAGCAAAGCUGGAGAAUGUAGAGUCAAAGGUGCAGGUGGAUAAUGAGGACACAAAGCCCCAACUGGAUUGUGAGAUAAAGCCCCUGUGCGAGGAUCUUGUGCCCGACUCUUCUGUUCCAGAAAACCAGGUAUCUGAGGUCAACCCUAGUUUAGGGUCUCAAGUAAAAUAUGAUUCUAUUUCUACUGAUUCUGUGUCAAUUAAUCAAAAGAAUGAACUAAAGGAUACUAUAAUUACUGAUAAUGUCAAAUUAGAACAAGAUAUUGUUAAGCCAGAGAUGGUGGAAGAACCAUCAUCCAGAAAUGAUGUACCUGUUUAUGAUGAAUCACAUUCAAUGGAUGUUGGAGGGCUGCAUGAGAAAAAGGCAUCUAUUGAAGAAAAUAACAAUAAUGUUUCAAGUCCAGACUUGAACAAGACCAAUAGCAGUGAUGAUGUGUGGUAUCCAGAAAAGUUGAACUUGGACAGAAGUUCUGGUGAUGAUUCCAUGGAAGAGGAUUUGCCUGAGACUAAGCAAAUUGAUUCUAAGUUUAAUGUUGAUCAACUUAGAGACAAAGUGGAGGGUAUUGAAGAGCCUAUUGUGAAGGAGGAAAGCAGUACUAUAGUUGUGGGAGAUGGUGGAUAUGCAGGAAGAAGUCAUACCCACCAAGAUCUUGACAUGAGUCCUGCUGCCAUGACUGCUGAGAAACGAAAAUUUCAUGAACAAGGAUCAGUUGGGAACAAUGAGCCUGCCAAAAGGCAACGCAGGUGGAACAUUGAAACAGUUAAAGGUUCAGAUCCACAAAGCACUACUCCCAGGCCUGCUAAUACACCCAAGGAUGAGCCAGUUGCUCUGAAACGCAACUUCUCUAGGUCUGAUUCCUUUGCAACCGAUGAUGCACCUAAAGAACGUAUUGUUCCAUCGUCACAAAGGUCCCCCACUAAUUCCCUCAGGAUUGAUCGUUUCCUCCGUCCAUUUACCCUAAAAGCAGUGCAAGAACUUCUUGGUAAGACUGGGAAUGUCAACAAUUUCUGGAUGGACCAAAUAAAGACUCAUUGCUAUGUCACUUACUCAUCCAUUGAAGAAGCCAUUGAGACAAGAAAUGCUGUGUAUAAUUUGCAAUGGCCGCCAAAUGGUGGGCGUCUCUUAGUUGCUGAGUUUGUUGACCCUGAAGAAGUGAAACUGAAAUUAGAAGCUCCUCCCACUCAGGCUGCCUCUGUCAGCAAUGUUCCAACAGUUCCUCCCACACCACCCUCCUCACAGCCAGAGCCUUCCCCCCGUCCACACAAGGAGCAGCAUCCAGUUCCAGCUACUCUCCCACCUCCACCACCAUUGUCAAAACCCCCACCACUUGCAAGAGACCGGCUUCCAUCCCCACCGCCACUUCCUGAAAAAGUUGACCCACCUAUUGUCACUCUGGAUGAUCUUUUCCGCAAAACCACGGCAACUCCUCGGAUCUACUAUUUACCUUUGUCUGAAGAGCAAGUUGCGGCUAAACUGGCGGCACAGGGUAAAAGCACGAGGCAGUAGGCAAUUCUUCCCUGGCAGCUUUUACUGAUUGUUAUUUUUGGUCAUCGUGCUGGUUAGUGGUAUGGAAGUAUUGCGAAUGCAUAUUGGCAGGUCUGUUGGUGUUUGCCUUAGGAAGAAAUUGUCAUUGCCAAUGCAUCUUGAGACUUAAAUUUAUUUAGUUUUAGAUCAUGAACUAAGAGCUACAUGGGUUGAUAGAUUUUGCCAAAUGUUUGAACUAGGCUAAGUGAAUCUUUACAAGAAACAUCUUCAACUUUUAUGAAAAAAAUUGACAUUAGAUUAUGUUUCUUGUUUGCCUUGGAACUGAAUUGAUGAAUCGUGGGGCUAAUGGUACUUUGCUUUUCCUUGAUAUUCGUUUUUUUUUGUUGGAUAUCAAAGCAAUUUGUUUAUGGGUUAUAUUUCACACGAUAAGUUUUUACAAAUUUUUUUCAUCUCAUCACUCUUUACCCUUUCAGUUUCUCGUAGUUGUAACUUAAGUUGUCCAAUUUUUUUGGGUACAAAUAGCAUUUUUCUUUAUUUACCAUUCUUGACCUUCAUGAUUGGUAUAAAAACAUCAGAAGAUACAUGGUGCGAAUAGAUACAUGGUUAUAUAUACACUAACUAAUAUAGCUAUGUUU